UCCUCUGCUUCCUGCCAUGGCCCUGGGCUUCAUGGUCCUGCUCCUGGUGGGCUCAGUGGGGACAGCUUCCGGGGCUCAGCCCGUGCUGACCCAGCCAUCCUCCGUGUUGGUGCUGCCUGGGCAGACUGCUCGGCUGUCCUGCACCCUGAGCCCCCAGUACAACAUCAGCGAGUUCGGCAUCUCCUGGUACCAGCAGCGCCCGGGGCACUCCCUGAGGUAUCUGCUCUAUUACAACUCCGAGGAAGACAAGCACAAGCCCGCCAAGAUUCCUGACCGCUUCUCUGCUAUCAAAGACCUCGCCAGCAAUGCCUGCAUCCUCAUCAUCACAUCCACCUGUAAUGAAGACAACGGCAACUAUUACUGCUCCCUGUCACGUGCCUUCAACUGGUUUUAGAAUCGGGGAACAAAAGCUUUCUGCAUUUUCCCUUGCAACCCUGACGCAAAGCCCCCAACAGGGAGAACAGCAGCCCUAGGAGGAAUGGAAAAAGACCCUCUUGCAUGCUUGAGCAAGCCCAGCGGCACUGUGUUGUGCUGUGAGGUGCAACAACUUCCUCCUCGAGCCCAAGCAUCCCCCAUGGAGCAUUAGACAGCCUGACAUGGUGCGAGUCCCGCCAGGGCUCAGCCCAGGAACGCACAGGAGCAGGGAUCUCCUGCUGCGGUGGGAGGAUGGAGCGCUCCGCCGUGGCCUGGCUUUCCUGGGCUCUUCCAGCACUUGGCACA